AUGGCCCCGCCUGGUACGGACUGGCAGCCACACACAAGAGACCAGAAGAGGAUCCCUGUCGGGGCAGUGUUGGAAAAAUUAAAAGAGGGUAGGAUUGGAUUCGAUGCGAGCCACAGUGCGGGACGCAUUGGGUGUGUGGUCACUCUGGUGGGUGUUUGGCGCAGCAAGCCCAGGCCUCGUGUACCUCUGUACCUUCCUCCACAGCGACCGGGGCAGGGCCCUCAACCGACCUACGCAACCAGGAAGUUACCACCACCUCCCGAAUUUGACAAGGGAAUGGGUUCUCUUCCGGACGCCGUGGUGAAUGCGAGGUGGAUAUGGAGGACGCUUUUCUGUCUUUCGUCACCCCUUCCGGUGAACAUCCUCAAUAUUACUUUUGUCGGACCGCAUCCAUGCUUGGCACUGGCAACAAUUGGUCUUUCUGCUGCUCUGCCGCCGCGUUGA